AUGUCUUCGGAGCCAAUCGACCAUCAUAAUUUGACGGAGGUGGAGAACGCCGACGGCGAAAAACAAGAGAACCACUCGGUUGACGACGAGUGCGAAAAACAACAACAACAACAACAGCCAAAUAUAACUGCCAACGGCGAGGAUCAUAAAUUGCAAAUUGAAUCCUCGCCUAUUGACGAAGAGCUAGAAGCGGCUACCAACGACGAGAAGCAACAAGAGUUCGAAGAGCAACACACCCUUCCAAUCAACGACCAAGAAAAAGAGGGUGAAGACGAAGAGCAAGAAGUUGCUCAUCUAGAAAAGAACGAACAAGCUGAACCAGAGGAGCCCAAGAAAGAUCCCGAACCUGAAGAGACUGUCGAGGCGUCUCAAUCUGACGACGUUGACGAUCCCAAGCAGAUACAGCAGCUUGAAGAAAACUUUGAGCAAAUUGACGAACAGAUCGAAGAGAAAAUUGAAGAUUCGAAGGAUUUGGAAUCUCCCGAAGAACUCGAAUCGCAGCCUGAAGAAACAAAGCUAAUCGAUAACAACGUCGACCAGAGCCCUGCGAAAACAACAAUGGAGGAUAUUGUGAGCAGCGAGUUGAACGCGAUGAAGGUUGAAGAGGAUCGAACACCUCAGAACAACGAAAAUGAGCAUGUUGAGGCUCCGAGUCAAAAACAGACGAUUGAGACUAGCACUCCAAAAUCGAGGAUUCGGCCGCCUUCGACAAUUUUACGAAAACCGACACCAAGUAGUACCGCGCGUCCAGCGACGACGCCCAAUUCCCGGAAUCCGCCGGUUUCGCCGCGACCGCCGUCGAUGCGUCCAACAUCACGCAUGACGCGAGAAUCAUCCGAUUUGCGAAAAUCGACAUCAACGAAAAGUAUUGAUAAUGCCGGUCGCUUCACUCCCAAAGUGAAUGCAAAAUUUGCCAAUGUGAAGAGCAAAGUCGGAUCGGUCACAAAUCACAAACCUGGUGGCGGAAAUGUCGAGAUAUUCUCCGAGAAAAGGGAGUACAAAGUGCAAUCGAAGGUCGGAUCAUUGGAGAAGGCGAAUCACACCCCAGGCGGUGGCAAUGUUCGCAUCGAGAAUCGCAAACUCGAUUUUUCCUAUGCAGCACCAAAAGUUGGCUCAAAAACCAACUAUGUUCCUCCAAAAUCAGAUGUCAAGAUAAUUUCACAAAAGCUUGAAUGGAACGUUCAACCAAAAGUAGGAUCGCUCGAAAACGCCAAUCAUAAGCCAUCAGGAGGAAAUGUCCAGAUAUUGCAUCAAAAAUUGAAUUGGAAGGCUGAGAGCAAAGUCGGUUCAAAGGAUAACAUUCAUCACAAGCCGGGAGGCGGGAAUGUUCAAAUAUUCGACGAGAAAAUCCGCUUCAUUUCUCGGGAUUCGAGCCGCAACCAUUCCACCGCUGAUAUCAGCUCAUUAUAG